UGUGCUAUGGUGUGGUUGAUGUAAUAAUCUCGAGUUAUAAUCCCGUGUAAAUUCCCUAUGGAUUAUGAUCCCAUUGUGUUCAAAUGGAUUUGAUGCGCGUGUCUCAGAUGGGCUACACAAAUUAUGAUCGAGAAUGAGUGCAGAGUUUCAGGAGCAUACCCCAGGCCUCAAAGCACAUUUCCAGGCUGUGCAUUUGUUCAGGGGGCAGUGUCAGUCCCCUAUGCCUAAUCAGGACCUCAAACCAGCCGUUGCACCCAAAGCAAAAACAUUUCCUCGGCAUCAUCACAGUUCUAACAUUUACUUGAAUAUAUUACACCCUAACAGAAACCUUAAACCUGCAAACACAAGACAGCAUAUGAUGGAAAUGUAUAGAAAAAUAGUGCUGGACCAGGAGGAGUCAAAUGAGAGGAAGACUGAGAAACUCAUACAUAUGGAAAGGACAGUCCAAACAGAUGAGACAGAACAGGAUGUUAUUCAGGAACAGGGGGGUGAGUUAGGAUGCGGAGAUGAGUUGGCAAAGGGAAUUGACUUUGAUUUUGUGGAAGGUCUAGAAGGUGGUGAGUCAAUGGACCAUCACUAUAAUUCAUGCAGUGAGAGCGUGGUGAAUGAUAGCAGAGUGGCAGACCAGAUCCACAUAAAGGAAUUAGAGAAUAUAGCAUUGGGAUUGACUAAAAAUUGUGUAUCAACACCACACAAAAAUUCCAGUGAUGCUAAAUUACCCUCUUAUACAGUUUACGGACAAUUAGCAUACACUGAUGGAAUGUUGACAGACGAAAUACUCUAUGGCAAACAUUUCUUUAAAGGAUUCUAUCCAAAAGGAAUGUACCCAAAUGGUAUAAUCACAAGCACAAUGUUUUCAAAUGAAGAAGACACAGAUGGGAUGUUCCCAGACAUUUGUGAUGCAGGUGAGGCAUUGGCAGACAAAGAUGGACUUUCUGAGUGUGACCUCUUUGAACAAACAGAACCUCCACAAAUUACAGAGACAGAAAAGAAUGUCAGUGGAGAUAUAAUGAUGCUUACUAUGGAAGAUGUAUCAGACAGUUCUGAAUUGUCUUUAACUUCCAUUGAGGAAGAGGAUGAUGAAAUGCAAGAGGAAAAAGGUAACAUUGAGGAACAAGAAGAUGAUAAUUUUUCAGACAAAAGUUCUUCACAAGAUCUCUUGGCAGCCAUUGACACUCCAGACAAUCCAGAAUUAGACAGUCCUGAUCUGUCUUCAAUUUCCAUUGAGGUAGAGGAUGAUGAAAUGCAGGAGGAAAAUGAGCAAUUCGAGGAACAAGAAGAUCAUCGUUUGUCCUACAAAAAUUCUUCACAGGAUCUCUCAUCUCCCAUUGAACCUCCAGACUAUCCCACAUCAGAUGGUGGAGGUGAAAACCUCUUUGAGUCUGAUCAGUCCUGUUUGUUUAGUUCGUCAUUUUCUUCAUCUCAGCCAUUCUUUGUCACAGGAACUAAGACAGUUUUAGAUUAUGAGGAUAUAGCAGAUGCAAAUCACAACAAAGAUUCAGUCGAUGAAGGUCACUAUGUAAAGGAUCAGGCCAUUUUAAAUCAUGACCUCUUCAGUGCUCUUUCACUUAUUCAACAGCAGCCUGACACUAAAUGCCAAAGUUAUCUACAGAAUCAAGUGAAGGAGAGGAUUAUUCAAGAAGAAGUUCUAAAGAACCAACUACAUAUGACAACUUGCAGUUCAGAACUCACUGGAUUAACAGAAGAACAUGUGUAUGAAGAGACAGAGCCAAAAAUCCAAGCAAAAGACUUCCUUCAGAAUAGGAAGUACUUUAUGUCUCGCUCUAUAUCUAUGGAAACCCCCAGUAAGAAACUUGACCUGGUUAGUAGCACGACAACAGGAAAUGGCCGGCUUUUUCUACACCCACGCUCCUUCUAUACAGAUCAGUGUUUCCUUGGAGAUAGUCGGCUUGCACUAACUGGCUCAUUAGGAUGUAUUUCACAAGGCGUCCACAUCUCAACAGACUUACCUAAAGUCACUAGAGUAGAUAUACCACCCCCUUUUGAGCUGGCUUCCAUCACUAAACGACCAAUCAGAAAAAGUUUGCCAUCCCUGACAAGUGAAAUUGCUGCCUCUUGCAAGAAACCUGAUUUUGGGUUUAAACGUUACCUUCUGCCAUUACGAUUCCUCAGGAAAUCUGAUCGGAAAAGCAUGAUGGAUAAUCGUUCUUUGUCCUCCAGGUCCUCCUCUGAGUCAAGUCCACAAUGGUCGUGCAAACGCCUGGAUUUAAUCAGUCACAGCAUGGGCAGCCCUGAGUUAAAGAGGACCCCAGAUCGCACAGCACCAAUGUCACCCUCUUCCUUUCUCAUCCCAAAAAAUAGGCAAAAAUCAGGACUCAAUUUAACCCUUAAUAAUGAUUUGACUUCCAGCACCAUUUCUAUAGUGCCAGAUAAUUUCUUUAAUUCCCUCUUUGAGCCCCUUCCCCUUUCUAAACCUCGAUCUUUUUCAACUCCCAAUGCUGACUUGUCAGAAUACGAGAACGUUCAAAAUGCUUCUUCUCACUACGAGAAUGUGCAGAUUCGCCUCCUGAACCCCAACAUUCAAAGUCAACGAAAUCAGAGUUCAACCAGUGACACUGAUGGUUACGUGGAUAUGAGCAGUCUGCCAAGCUUUCAGAGCAAAUGUCAGUCUUCUGAGCAAGAGACAGAUAGUACCUACACUUUCUGUUCUCCUAAUGUGAGGCCAGAUGGAACAGUGGGCGUGUCUGUAGGUGUGGCUUGUACAAGAGAGAAAAGGACUAAGACGUCUGACAAACUGACUGUCAGCUGUUCCAGGGCAUUCUACAGUGCUAAAGAGCUUUUGGACAGUGAGUCACAGCAUGUAAAGACUUUACAACUUCUCUUUCAGACUGUUGAAACAGAUGAGAGGCUGAUUACACUAUGGACAGAGAUACUUGAUAUUUGUACCCUCCACCAAGAUAUACACACACAACUGGAGGCCCGCAUAAAAGAAUGGGAUCAGAAUGAAGGGAUUGCUGAAAUCAUCUUGGAAAAGAAGACAGGGUUUUCCAUCUUCUCCUCUUACAUCAGUCAUUAUGAAGAAAAAGUUAAUUAUGUGGAUCAAAUACAAAGCACACUACCAGAUGCAGCAACCCUGAAAAAGCAGUUGCUUCAGGUCAUUGUGCGCAUCCUACAGUACCGUAUGCUGCUAACAGACUACCUGAAUAAUCUCUCACCAGACUCAAGAGAAUUCCAAAAUACACAAGAUGCUUUGGCGGUGGUCUCAGAUGUUGCUUAUCAUGUCACUGAUGGCCUCAAGAACGGAGCGGAUCUUCUGCGGCUGGUCCAUAUUGAACACAGUGUUUUGGGUCUGACAGAUCUCCUACAGCCAGGGAGGGUCUUUGUGAAAGAAGGUACCCUGAUGAAGGUCAGCAGGAAGUGCAAGCAGCCACGUCACCUUUUCCUGAUGAAUGACAUAAUGCUCUACACAUAUCCUCAGCAAAAUGGCAAAUAUAGACUUAUCAACACAUUACCACUGGCAGGGAUGGAGGUCAGCAAGCCACCGACAGAGAACGCUCAGAAUGCAAUGAAGAUUGAUGUGAAAGACAUAAGCAUCACUUUGACUGCCAGCUCCUGCAUCGAACGAGAAGGAUGGUUUGUUACUCUAAAUCGUACGUUGCUGGACCUUGGCCCAGUGCCAGGAGACCCAGUCGACUGUCUUGAGUUUUUAGAGGUGCCAGUGAUUUGUCUUGGCGAGAAUGCUCCACCCCUGUUGUCCGUCUCCCAGGUGACAGUUUGUAUGAACUGUCCCUCUCAUUUUAGCCUCACAAAUAGAAGACAUCACUGCCAUGCCUGUGGCAAGGUUAUUUGCAGAGAUUGUUGCAGGAAUAAAUUCCCCCUUAAAUACAUGAAGAACAGACGGGCCAAAGUGUGUGAUCAAUGUUACACUGAGCUUCGUAAGCAUGAUGUUGCCACAGUAACCGAGAGCUCCAGUCGGCCACUCUCUUCUGUGUUCCAAAACAUUCAUCCGUCCAGUCUGUGGAAGAGCCGCAAAGGCCAGCUGUCUUUCAACCAGGUGACAGGGUCCGAGAGCAUGAUGAGCGGAACCCUGCAGAGAUGCAGGAACAGCAAGAGAAGUUGGAAAAGCCUGUGGUUCCUUCUAAAAGACAAAGUUCUCUAUACGUACCCACAGCCUGAGGAGAGGGUUGCAUGCGAGACCCUCCCUCUGUUGGGUUUCUCUGUGAAGUCAGAGGUUCAAGGAGAGAGCAGUAUGUUUCAGCUGUACCACAAAAGCACUCUCUUCUACACUUUCAGAGCUCAGGAUUGUCACACUGCUCAGAGGUGGGUCAACGCCAUCGAGGAGGCUACAGUCCUGUAGCAUCAUCCAUCAUUGGUGUGCCAUCUUCUUAUCUGUUACUGAGCAUCAGAAUUAAAUGCAUUUUCACAUGUUACUUAAAUAGCACUGGGUGACUAGCAUGAUAGGGACUCAAAUAGCGAUAAUAUUCAUCCCUACGUUAGCAUGACGUAAUAGGCAUAUUUUUGGAAUGCCAAGGGAACAAAACGCUCACACUCAGAUAUGUAUUUUCUGCCAAAAUCUUCCUCCAAAGACUGUUAAGCUGUGGACAAGCUGUAAAAAGCACACUAUAGCACUUUCAGCUUUCUUUUAGUUUACUGCUCAGAACAUUUUUAAACCAGAUACUGCUUAACUUAACCAACAGACUUGUAAGUGUUAUUCCUUAUACAAUGCAAUAUAUAUUAUACAAUACCUCAGAGUGCUAAAAUAUAUUAUAGGUAAAUCUUAACACAUGGUCAACAGAUUCUGUUCCGUUCAUUUUGUAAAGGCGAUGAGAACCAGUUGGAAUUCUUAGCCUAUAUUUGAUGGAAGUCUAAUUAGUGACAUUUGCAUGCUGUCAUUUCAUGUAUGGAGUAUAUUUGCAUCACAGUCAUUUGGACUAAGCCAUGCACUUAUAAUUUAGGAUCGAUUUCCAUCUAGCAACAAAGCUGGUAUUCUAGUUGCACUCGUUGUGAUUUAAUGUUAAGAAUUUACUUACCUUUCCAUACUACAUCAACAGGCUUACAUACUGUUAACUUGCAGUAUUAUAAUGUAAAAUAUGAGGGCUUAAUUGUGCUUGAAUGUGCAAGCAGUGUAUCUGCUGGAAGAAAUACAAUUUCUAUAGCUGCUAUUUAAAAAAGCAUGAUUUCAGUGUGGGUGUUCAGUGUGGAUUUGUAAACCUCACCACAGCCUCAACUUCCUCUUUUUUUCUUUUAUUUCCUGGUGUGUGUGAACAGCUGCUUUUGUAAACGAUGUGAUGCAUAUGACACACAUGAAACCCCUAAGUUAGAAUAAUGUUAAAAUCAAACCUUUACAACAAAGUGGUCAACUCAAUGUAGGAGAGACUUUGGCUAAUUUUCACAUGCAUAAGUUGUCACAAGGGCUAUAUCUUAGUAACUGGAAGGUUAAAAGAGUCAAAAGUCCAAUAACACAAAUGUGUUUUGUGGAUUUAAUCUUGUGAAUUUUAUCCUUCAAUAUCAUCAUAUUUUUUGCUACAGUGCUAGCAGUGGGAUAAACAAGUGAGAUUGCAUGCAUGCAUUCAUGCAAAGGUAAAUUUUAACCAAAAGGUUGAACUUUUUUCUCAGGACAAAAGUAUUUUUCAUAAAUGUCAGGUUGGGGCAAGUUGUCACAAAUGUUUUAAAGGUAUACAAUUUAUGACAAUAGUUUCCAAAUCAAUGCUUUUACAUUUUUAUUGUUUCAUAAUUGUUUUACUGUGUAAAUGUUGUUUUAAAGCCUUUAAUGGGUGGUUUAAAGGCAGGUUCCACUGCAACAAUUUGCCCUAUAUAGUGUGACAACAUGCCCCACUAUUGGGUCAACAUGUCUUAAAUGAACUGUAUCUUUUUUUGUAUUGGCAAAUAAUAGUUGAAAUGCAAGUAAUGUAAACUGACUUUCAAAAAUAAACCUUCCCCAA